CACUUCACUAGCCAACCACGAGCGGGUGGAGUGGUAGGCGAGCUCAGUGAGUGCCCGAGUCGUCGCCCUCCUUUGAAUUCCACGCCGAGUCUUCGCGCUCCCGGCUAAUUAUCACGUGUCUCAGCUCAGCACCUUACUACCUAGCUCGUCGUCUCAUCGAUCAGUAAGUAGCUAGCUAUAUAGUGCCAAGGUGUUGUGACAGGUGAAGAGAUUGGGGGAGAACGGUGUGGCCAAGCAGUACUACCUGGCAGCGGUGGCGGCCAUGGAGGUGUCAUCCGUUGAGCUCGGCCACACGGCGAGCUCCAAGUGCUACGACGACGACGGCCGCCUCAAGCGCACCGGGACGAUGUGGACGGCGAGCGCGCACAUUAUCACGGCGGUGAUCGGGUCCGGGGUGUUGUCGCUGGGGUGGGCCAUCGCGCAGCUCGGCUGGGUGGCCGGCCCGGCCGUCAUGCUGCUCUUCUCCUUGGUCACCUACUACACCUCCGCCCUGCUCGCCGACUGCUACCGCACCGGCGACGAGAGCACCGGCAAGCGCAACUACACCUACAUGGACGCUGUCAACGCCAACCUAAAUGGCAUCAAGGUACAGAUCUGUGGGUUCCUGCAGUACGCCAACAUCGUCGGCGUCGCCAUCGGCUACACCAUUGCCGCCUCCAUUAGCAUGCUGGCGAUCAAGAGGGCGAACUGCUUUCAUAAGGAAGGACACGGAGAUCCGUGCAACAUCUCGAGCACGCCAUACAUGAUCAUCUUCGGCGUGGCGGAAAUCUUCUUCUCCCAGAUCCCGGACUUCGACCAGAUCUCGUGGCUGUCCAUCCUGGCCGCCUUCAUGUCCUUCACCUACUCCACCAUCGGCCUCGGCCUCGGCAUCGUCCAGGUGGUCGCGAACAAGGGCGUCAAGGGCAGCCUCACUGGCAUCAGCGUCGGCGUGGUGACCCCGAUGGACAAGGUGUGGCGCAGCCUGCAGGCGUUCGGCGACAUCGCCUUCGCCUACUCCUACUCCCUCAUCCUCAUCGAGAUCCAGGACACCAUCCGCGCGCCGCCGCCGUCCGAGGCCAAGGUCAUGCGCCGCGCCACCAUCGUCAGCGUCGCCGUCACCACGCUCUUCUACAUGCUCUGCGGGUGCAUGGGCUACGCCGCCUUCGGCGACAACGCCCCGGGGAACCUCCUCACCGGCUUCGGCUUCUACGAGCCCUUCUGGCUCCUCGACGUCGCCAACGCCGCCAUCGUCGUCCACCUCGUCGGCGCCUACCAGGUCUACUGCCAGCCGCUGUUCGCCUUCGUCGAGAAGUGGGCGCAGCAGAGGUGGCCCAAGUCGCGGUACAUCACCGGGGAGAUCGACGUCCCGCUCUCCCUCUCCGGCUCCGGUGGCAGGUGCUACAAGAUGAACAUGUUCCGGCUGACGUGGCGGACGGCGUUCGUGGUGGCGACGACGGUGGUGUCCAUGCUGCUGCCAUUCUUCAACGACGUGGUCGGGCUCCUUGGCGCGCUAGGCUUCUGGCCGCUCACCGUCUACUUCCCGGUGGAGAUGUACAUCGUGCAGAAGAAGGUGCCCAAGUGGAGCACGAGGUGGGUGUGCCUGCAGCUGCUCAGCCUCGCCUGCCUCACUAUCACCGUCGCCUCCGCCGCAGGCUCUGUCGCCGGGAUCAUCUCCGACCUCAAGGUGUACAAACCGUUCGCCACCACCGACUGAUCGAUCGAUUGCAUCAAAAACAUAUGCACAGAUUGAUGGACAGACAGGCAGAUGAUUGGCUCCUAGUAUGUGCAGUCCUCAAAUUAUUAGUUAAUUAAUUAACACACGGUGAGGGAAAAAAGAAAAAGAAAAUUGAUACUGUUCUUGUGAUGCUAGGCUGUUAGCUGUAGCUGGCUGCUGGCGUCGCCGAUGUACCGUGUACUUGCUAAUUUCCAUUGUUUGUGAUCUGGUUAACUGAAAAGGGUAGUGAAGAGGAAUCAAAUAGUGUAUUUCCAUCUCAA